ACACAAACCCACCCCCCUCUCUCCCGGUCUUCUCCCUCCCCCCCCCCAGCCAGCUAUGGGUAGUGAGUGGAUGUUGUGUCGUCUGAUGUUUUCCCGCCAGCGGCCGAAAAUCAAUCUGAAAGGCUUGGAAAUUGCAAAAAAAAUGAACCCUGCAAUGCUUCGUUUCGGUCGACCCGUCUUGCAGCCUUGGAACGACCUAUCAGGUUCGGGGAACUGGAAUGACUUUUUUAUUUUUUUUUACGUCUUGGCUUUCUCUCAUGCAAUGGCAGGGCUGCAUGUUGUGGGCGGCGUAAGUUAUUUAUUUGAUUAUGUGUGAUGUAUUACGGCCGAAUGACGGCGUUCUUUUUUUUCGAGAAAUUUAUUUUUCUUUCUGAUUAGGUCUUCUUUCGGGGUUUCGGUUUUUGUUUGAUCACUACGUAUGUUUUGUUAGAAGGUGUCCAGUUAGAUCAAUU